AUCAGGAAGGUCUCUUAUGGUAUUCCCGGCCGCACCCUGCCGCCUACUUGCGUGUUUAUCAUUCCAUUAAAACAUCCGAUUAUCUUGACCACCAAGGUUUGGGUCGAUCGAGGGUAUUGUUAGAAUGACGAAACACACAACACCAAAGAAAGAUAAUAUGCAUACCCCUACCGAGGACUGGACUCAAGUAACGGAUCGGGGGACACGAAGACGGAUACAAAAUCGUAUCUCUCAGCAGAAGCAUCGUAGGUUCUAUAUUUUCUCUUUUGUAGGUUCUAUAUGGUGUUCCACCUGGGAAGGGGGUGGAGAGUGGCGCCGAUCACUGAGGAGAUAUUCGGCAUUGCCGAUUCUCAUCAUAUAUGAUGGACGUUAUAGUGGUGCAAAAGGGCCCGCACUGGCGAUUCCGAUAGCAAACAGCGAAGCAGCGAGUUGAUAUGGACACAGCCUCACACCAACUCGCGGCCACCGCCGCGAGUGCGAGAUCAAGCAUCCAACAGCGGAGAGAGUGUUUGGUCACAAUCCUCGUCGGCUAGAUCACCGCAGCUCCUUGCUGUGAUCU